GGGGGAGGAGGCCCUGUCCGGCUCAGCCCCCAGCCAUUCGAGGCGCGGCGAGCGGGAUAGUAGCUGGGUGGCUGCUGGCUGGCUGGCGUGGGAUUCCCAGCUAGAGGAAGCUGGAGCCGCGUCUGUCGCGGGCAGAGUGCGGAGGCCUCGCUGUGCUCAGUGCAGGCUCAGAAGAUUGACUCUUCUGCAUGUUCCCCCUUUGGUGGUAUCGUCAAUCCAUGUUGAAUGCUGAGACAUUUAAGAGCUUCUUCGAUCAGGACCAUGUUAUGGUAGGAGCUAUACAAACCCAGAAAAAGAAUCUUAUAAAAAAGAGGAAGAGAUGACUUGAUUUAGCUUAAACCAUCAGAAACCAGUCAGCAGCAGGAUUCAUUAAGCUAGGUCUUAUGAGAUAUGGCCAUCUAACAUCUUGACAGAUGAAAGGAGAUGCUUAGCAAUGGUAUAGGAAAGGAGCCUGACGCACAAGCGGCAAACCUUCCCCCAGUAGCUAUAAGCCCAGUCACCAGAUGGAAGUUGAAGCAUACUCUGCUUCCUGGCUUCCCUGCAGGGGAAUCUUGGAGAUUGCAUAAAUCUUUGUAGAAAACUUGGCUGCAGGCAGCUGAACUGAAAUUAACUGCUGCCUUCUGGCUGUGGAGCACUAUUCUAACGUUCUUGUGUGAUAGCCUGUAGACUAAAUCAUGCCAGCUUUAUCAACUGGAUCUGGAAGUGACACAGGUCUGUAUGAGCUGCUGGCUGCAUUGCCAGCCCAGCUGCAGCCACAUGUAGACAGCCAGGAAGACCUGACCUUCCUCUGGGAUAUGUUUGGUGAAAAAAGCCUUCAUUCACUGGUAAAGAUUCAUGAGAAACUGCACUACUUUGAAAAACAGAGCCCUGUACCCAUACUCCAUGGUGCAGCAGCCUUGGCAGAUGAUCUGGCUGAGGAGCUGCAGAGCAAGCCAUUGAACACUGAGAUCGGAGAGCUGUUGAAGCUACUGUCGAAACCAAAUAUCAAGGCUUUGCUCUCUGUACAUGAUACUGUUGCUCAGAAGAACUAUGAUCCAGUAUUGCCUCCCAUCCCUGAUGAUAUUGAUGAGGAGGAAGACUCAGUAAAAAUAAUCAGACUGGUCAAAAAUAGGGAACCACUGGGGGCCACUAUUAAAAGGGAUGAACUUACUGGUGCGAUUGUUGUGGCUAGAAUAAUGCGAGGAGGAGCUGCAGACAGAAGUGGUCUUAUUCACAUUGGUGAUGAACUUAGGGAAGUCAAUGGGAUUCCUGUAGAUGAUAAAAAACCUGAAGAAAUAAUACAAAUUUUGGCUCAGUCUCAAGGAGCAAUUACGUUUAAAAUUAUACCUAGUAUCAAAGAGGAAACACCCACAAUAGAAGGCAAGAUGUUUAUGAAAGCCCUAUUUGACUAUGAUCCUACUGAGGAUAAAGCAAUUCCUUGUAAAGAAGCUGGGCUUUCUUUCAGAAAAGGAGAUAUCCUUCAGAUCAUGAGCCAAGAUGAUGCAACCUGGUGGCAGGCUAGACAUGAAGGUGAUUCCAAUCCCAGAGCAGGCUUGAUCCCUUCAAAACAUUUCCAGGAGAGGAGAUUUGCAUUGAAAAGACCAGAAGUACAUAUGCAGCAACUGAAAAUUUCCAACAGAAAAUCAUAUGCUGAAUGUGCUGGUUACAACAGUGGAACCUAUAUAGCUGGUUUUAGGAGAAGCUUUCGUCUUAGCAGAAAAGAUAGAAAGACAAAUAAAUCCAUGUAUGAAUGUAAGAAGAGUGAUCAGUAUGAUACAGCAGAUGUCCCAACAUAUGAAGAAGUUGCACCAUAUCAACGACAGCCUAAUGAGAAAUACAGGCUUGUAGUUUUGGUUGGUCCUGUGGGUGUAGGGUUGAAUGAACUUAAACGAAAAUUGUUGAUCAGCAAUACCCAGCAUUAUGGUGUAACAGUGCCGCACACGACUAGAGCAAGAAGAGGCCAAGAAAGUGAUGGUGUUGAGUACAUUUUCAUUUCCAAGCACUUGUUUGAGACAGAUGUACAGAAUAACAAGUUUAUUGAAUAUGGUGAAUAUAAAAACAACUACUACGGUACAAGCAUAGACUCUGUUCGAUCUGUUCUAACUAAAAACAAAGUUUGUUUGUUGGAUGUGCAGCCUCAUACAGUGAAGCAUUUAAGAACAUUAGAAUUUAAACCAUUUGUGAUAUUUAUAAAACCUCCAUCACUUGAGCGUUUGAGAGAGACCAGAAAAAAUGCCAAGAUUAUUUCAAGCAAAGAUGAAAAAGUGGCUGCAAAACCCUUCACAGAAGAAGAUUUUCAAGAAAUGAUUAAAUCUGCCCAGAUGAUGGAAAGCCAAUACGGCCAUCUCUUUGACAAAGUUAUAGUCAACGAUGACCUCACUACAGCUUACAAUGAGUUGAAAACAACAUUUGACAAAUUGGAAACAGAGACCUUUUGGGUCCCAGUCAGCUGGUUGCAUUCAUAACACUAUAAAUAAGAAAUAUAAAUGAUGAUAGUUCAUAAUCUUUUUAAUAAAGUGCAUGGUUGGAACUCAAUUAGUUGCCAUUUAAUUGGUGUGAGGGUUUUCUAACUUUGGCAAACUGACAUGUAGUUAAGGACUUGGUGUAAUUGGAAUGCAGGUCUUCUUUUUCUGUAUCUUAAACCAUCCUGUUCAGAAUUCGGGGACAAUAAAAUCACAUUGAAUCCAAGUCUUAUCAGAUGCAAUAUACUGAGCUAGUAAUGCACCCAAAACUACUAGACGCCUUGUUACUGUUUACAUAUAAAUCUCCCAGUUGAGUUUUGUUAAUGGAGGGGUAGCACAGAUAUUAAUUAAUAUUGAAUGCUGUGGUGGUCUCAAACAUAGCUACUGUCAUAUAAAGUUGCACAUGAGCACUUGGAGGUUAUCAGUACUUUAACUAAGAGCACUUAAGAGAACUAAAACAGGCAAAAAUGGCAAAUAUUUCUCUGGUUAAGAAAGACAUUAAGAGUUUUAACUGGGUUAAGUAUCAAGAGGGGUCGUUUUACUUUCCUAAAAGUGUGAGCUUCAUCUGAUGUGUACAGAGUGAUCCUAGUGUUCAUUUGUAUUUAAAUGUUUUACCAAAA